GGAGGGGAGAGGAGGAGGUGUGGUGGGAAGGAGAGGCAGGAGGGGAGGAGGGCGAGAGAAGCGCGAAGGUUUCUGGAUGGUUGCCUAGUUAGUUCACAAUGGCAAAGCCACAAAGCAGAGAUCCUGGCCUGAAGGAGAAGUUUAAGAACCUCUUAGGCCUCGGCCAGCCCCGGCCGAACUCCAAAUCGUCAGAAGGAAAGCAAACGGAGUAUAUCAUUACAGCGGAAAUUCUCAAGGAACUGAGCGUAGAAUGUGGCUUGAACAACCGGAUCCGGGCCAUUGGUCAGAUCUGUGAGGUAGCAAAGACGAAAAAGUUCGAAGAGCAUGCGGUGGAAGCUCUCUGGAAGAUGGUGGCCGACAUGCUGAAUCCAGAUCGGCCCGCGGAGGCCAGGCACGCCGUGCUGCACCUGCUGACGGCCAUUAUCCAAGGGCAGGGCGAAAGGCUGGGGAUCCUCCGAGCUCACUUCUUCAAGGUGAUCAAGGAUUAUUCUUCGAACGAAGACCUGCACGAACGGCUCGAAGUCUUCAAGGCCCUCACCGAUAACGGGAGGGACAUCACGUACUUGGAAGAGGAGUUGGCUGAAUUUGUCCUUCAGUGGAUGGGCAUCGGUUUGACUUCCGAGUUCCUCCUGGUGCUGGUCAACUUAGUCAAGUUCAACAGCUGCUACUUGGACGAUUACAUCGCCGACAUGGUCCACAUGAUUUGCCUCUUGUGCAUCCAGACGUCUUCUGCAGUUGACAUUGAGGUUUCCCUGCAAGUCUUGGAUGCUGUGGUCUGCUAUAACUGCCUGCCUUCUGGAACCCUCCCCGUCUUUAUCAUCACUCUGUGCCGGACCAUCAACGUCAAGGAACUCUGCGAGCCGUGCUGGAAGCUCAUGCGUAACCUGCUGGGGACUCAUUUGGGGCACAGCGCCAUUUACAACAUGUGCCGGAUCAUGGAGGACAGACCCUACAUGGCAGAUGCAGCAUUGCUGAGGGGAGCCGUGUUCUUCGUGGGGAUGGCCCUAUGGGGAGCACACAGGCUGCAGUCGCUCAAGAAUUCGCCAACCUCAGUGCUCCCCUCCUUCCUGAAGGCUAUGACGUGUCCAAAUGCUGUGGUGUCUUACGAAAUAGUCCUCUCCAUAACGAGGCUGAUCAAAAAGUACGGAAAGGAUCUCCAGGCCGUCACUUGGGACAUCCUCCUGGAGAUCAUCGAGCGGUUGCUGCAGCAGCUGCAGACCUUGGAGAGCCAGGAGCUGAAAUCCAUCGUCCACGACCUGCUGACCACGGUGGAAGAGCUGUGCGAGCAGAAUGAAUUCCAUGGCUCCAAGGAGCAAUAUUUUGAGCUCGUGGAAAGAUGUGCUGAUCAGAGGCCUGAAUCUUCGGUUCUGAACCUGAUAACAUACAAAGCUCAGUCCAUUCACCCUGCAAAGGACGGCUGGAUCCACAAGCUGCAAAGCCUGAUGGAGAGGUUCUUCAGGAAUGAGAGUCGGAGUGCUGUCCGUAUCAAAGUGCUACACGUCCUGUCUUUUGUCUUGAGCGUCAACCGGCAAUUUUACGAGGAGGAGCUGAUUAACCUGGUGGUCAUCUCCCAGCUGGCACACAUCCCAGAAGAUAAGGACCACCAAGUCCGCAAGCUGGCCACCCACUUGCUGGUGGACCUGGCCGAGGGCUGCAACACCCAUCACUUCAACAGCUUGCUGGACAUCAUAGAGAAGGUGGCUUCUCAUUCCUUGCUGCCGACGGCUGAACUGGAGGAAAGAGACCUGCUCUCCUACUCUGCCUCUUUAGAAGACGUGAAGACGGCUGUGUUGGGCCUUCUAGUCAUUCUCCAGACAAAGCUGUACAGCUUGCCGGCCAGCCACGCCACCCGGGUCUACGAGAUGCUGGUUCUGCACAUGCAGCUCCAUUACAAGCACAAGUACAGCCUCCCCAUUGCCAGCAGCAUCCGACUGCAGGUGUUUGACUUCUUGCUCUCGCUGCGGGCCGACUCCCUCCACCGGCUGGGCCUGGCCAGCAAAGACGGCCUGGUGCGCUUCAGCCCCUACUGCCUCUGCGACUACGCGGAGCCCGAGAAGAGGAGUUCUGAGAAGAAACCGGCUGGCACCCUCUCCCCGCCCUCCGGAAGCCCCAGCGUGCCCCCCCAGAGCUCUGCCAUCCGAACCGGCCAUCUCCCGUACUCCCUGCUCUUUGGGGUUCUCCUGCAGUGCUUGAAGCAAGAGACAGACUGGAAGGUGCUGAAGCUGGUGCUGAACAAGCUGCCGGAGUCCCUGCAGUACCAAGUGCUCUACUUGACUUCGCCGUGCAGUGUGGAUCAGCUGUCCUCUGCCCUCUGCUCCAUGCUCACAGACAAAAAGAUGACAGAGCGUCUGUGGGGCACCCCCGAAGGCUUCUCCCGCAACGACUUGCACUUGGCCGUGGUCCCGGUCUUGACCGCUUUGAUCUCGUACCACAACUACCUGGACAAAAGCAAGCAGCGGGAGAUGGUUUACUGCCUGGAGCACGGGCUGAUCUACCGCUGCGCUAACCAGUGUGUGGUGGCUCUGUCAGUCUGCAGCGUGGAGAUGCCGGAUAUUAUCAUCAAGGCCUUGCCGGUCCUGAUAGUCAAGCUGACUCACAUUUCGGCCACGGCCAACAUGGCCAUUCCUCUCCUGGAAUUCCUUUCAACCCUGGCCCGCCUGCCUCAUCUCUACAGGAACUUUGCGGCGGAGCAGUAUGCAAGCGUCUUUGCAAUCUCCCUGCCCUACACCAACCCCUCCAAGUUUAACCAGUACAUCGUGUGCCUGGCGCACCACGUGAUAGCCAUGUGGUUCAUCAAGUGCCGUCUGCCCUUCCGGAAAGACUUUGUCCCGUAUAUCACCAAGGGCUUGCGUUCGAACGUGCUCCUCUCCUUCGACGACACCCCAGAGAAAGACAGCUUCCGGGCUCGCAGUACAAGCCUGAACGAAAGGCCCAAGAGUUUUAAAUUAGCCAAAAGUGCCAGGCAAAGCUUGAAUAACUCUCCUCCCGUGAAAGAGCUGAAAGAACCCUCUGCUGUCGAUGCCUUCCGGUCCCGCAGCAUCAGUGUGUCUGACCAUGCAGCCCGCAGCCGCAUCCAGACCUCCAUCACCAGCGCCAGCCUGGGGUCUGCUGAUGAGAACUCCAUGGCCCAAGCAGACGACAACCUGAAAAACCUCCACUUGGAGCUCACGGAGACCUGCCUGGAUAUGAUGGCCCGAUAUGUCUUCUCCAACUUCACAGCUGUGCCCAAAAGGUCUCCCGUGGGGGAGUUCCUCCUGGCCGGAGGGCGAACCAAGACGUGGCUGGUGGGCAACAAGCUGGUGACGAUCACGACGAGUGUUGGGACGGGGACCAGGUCGCUCCUGGGCCUUGACUCUGGGGAGCAGCAGAACAGCAUGGAGCUGAGCUCAGACCAGGUCUCGCAAGUGCGGCAGACCAAAGAAGCCCCCGCAAAGCUGGAGUCGCAGGCUGGCCCCCAGGUGGUCCGAGGGCCCCGCAACAGAGUCAGGUCCAUGUCUGGGGGCCACGCUUUACGGGUCGGGGCGCUGGACAGCUCGGCUUCCCAUUUCCCAGCCGGCCCGGCACCCCAAGGACCACACAGUUCUCCUGCACCUGCUGCUCGGGCAGAGAAGGCCAUGCCUGGGGCUCAGACGCCUCUGGAGAAGGAGAAAGCCAACUUGUCCGCCUUCGUCCCACUGCUCACCCAAGGCUGGGCAGAAAUACUGGUCCGGAGGCCAACAGGGAACACCAGCUGGCUGAUGAGCCUGGAGAACCCGCUCAGCCCCUUUUCUUCGGACAUCAACAACAUGCCGCUGCAGGAGCUCUCCAACGCCCUCAUGGCCGCCGAGCGCUUCAAAGAGCACCGCGAGACGGCCCUCUACAAGUCCCUCUCGGUGCCCUCCUCCAGCCUGGCCCCCACCGGCACAGCCAAGCCCUUUCUCCUGCAGCGCUCCAACACAGUGGCCUCUUUCUCUUCCAUGUACCCGAGCAGUUCUCAAGAGAGGUUGCACAGGAGCAUUUCCUGGGCAGAAUCUGCGGUCGUUCUGGAAGAAGGAAGCCCACCAGACACGGACUUGAAAGAAAGCGGGUUCCCCCCGGAGUCCCAAGAGAUCGAAGACUUUGAAGCCAUGUGCCAGGAGCAAAGCCUAGGCGAGGAGAAAGCUGGCAAGGACCAUGGGACGUACAGCAGGUCCUCUUCCACCUCCAGCCAAGAGGAGAGAGCCCCGAAGCCAGACGCCCUGGGGCCCGUUGGCAUCCCCAUCGAAAGGGCCGGCAACCUGGAGGAGAGCCGGGCGUUUGAGGCCCUCUCCUUCCAGCCUUCCCAGCCCCUCAGCAAGUCCAGCUCCUCUCCCGAGCUCCAGACCCUCCAGGAAGUCCUCAAGGAUGCCGGCACCGAGGAGCCGGCUGGCAAGUUGAGCAGCGACCUGAAGUCCAAGUCUCAGUCUGGCCACCUGGAAGGCGAGGCGGCCAGGAGCUGGCUGGGGAGAGGGGAAGAGGACCGGAGCCCCGGGGCAGCCAGGCUGGGCGGCGGCGGCGGCGGCGGCAUCCCUGCCACUUCGCCCCGCUCCCCGAGUGGCCACCGGCCCCGAGGCUACACCAUUUCUGACUCGACGCCCUCGCGGAGAGGCAAGAGGAUCGAGAGAGACCCCUUCAAGGGCAGAGCGGCGGCUCCCAACGCGGAGAAGGUGCCAGGGAUCAACCCAAGCUUUGUGUUCCUGCAGCUGUACCACUCUCCUUUCUUUGGUGACGAAUCCAACAAGCCCCUUUUAUUGCCCAACGAAACCUUUGAGAGAUCUGUGCAGCUCCUGGACCAGAUCCCUCCCUACGACACCCACAAGAUCGCCGUCCUGUACGUUGGAGAGGGACAGAGCAGCAACGAGCUGGCCAUCCUCUCCAACGAGCACGGCUCCUACCGCUACACGGAGUUCCUGACGGGCCUGGGCAAGCUCAUCGAGCUGAAAGACUGCCAGCCGGACAAGAUCUACCUGGGCGGCCUGGAUGUGUGUGGGGAGGACGGGCAGUUCACCUACUGCUGGCACGACGACAUCCUGCAAGCCAUUUUCCACAUUGCCACGUUGAUGCCCACCAAAGUCUUGGACAAAUAUCGCUGCGACAAGAAACGGCACCUGGGGAACGACUUUGUCUCCAUCAUUUACAACGACUCUGGGGAGGACUUCAAGCUGGGGACCAUCAAGGGUCAGUUCAACUUCGUGCAUGUCGUGAUCAAGCCCCUGGAUUACAACUGCAACCUGCUUACCCUCCAGUGCCGGAAAGACAUGGAAGGUCUUGUCGACACCAGCAUUGCGAAGAUCGUCUCUGAUAAAAACCUGCCCUUUGUCGCCCGUCAGAUGGCGCUGCACGCCAACAUGGCUUCUCAGGUCCAUCACAGCCGCUCCAACCCCACAGACACCUACCCAUCGAAAUGGAUCGCUCGGCUGCGGCACAUCAAGAGACUCCGACACAGGAUCCGAGAGGAAACCCAGUACCAAGCGUCCGGCUUCCCCACCAUGCACCACCCUUCAGGCCCUGCCAAAGCCGCGGUCCCCGUGCCCCAGGACCCAGCCCCCACCUACGAGACGGGGCAGAGGAAGCGGCUCAUCUCCUCGGUGGAUGACUUCACAGAGUUUGUUUAGGGUAAAGGUCGGCCCUGGGUCGGACCGUCCAGCAUGCAGGGGACGGAGCUUUUCCCAGACUGGGGAGGAGGAGGAGAUGAUUCUGUCCCGGCAGCCCCCAGAUGUGGCGGCCACGGCCCCGCUCCCAUCCUUGACACCUGCCUCCGGCUCUGCCUGUCAUGCUAUCCUGGACGCUCCAGCCGUGGAAGAGGUGGUGUGAAUGGACUCUUCAUGACUGCUCUUUCAACCAACACUUUCAGGGUCAGCGUCUCUCAUUGAAGGGAGGCAAAGCCAAAGUGUUUGCUUGGUGUUGAAGUGGUCGAAGCAAAGGAUCCAAGAGGCCGACACCAGCUUCAGCAGCCAAGCGUGUUUCUGGCUUGCCUCGCAGGCGUCCCUCCUUUCAGAUUUCGCACAACGUUUGCAUGGCAAGAGUGGGAUUGGGAACGGGCUUUUUGCAGGGAGGGGGCCAUCUGGCUCUCCAGUCCCUGCCCCCAUGCCAACAGCUAUUACCUUGGAGGCAAGCAGAAUGUCAGGCGGGGAGCUUGUGUGGGUGGAUGUUUGAGCUUAGAUCGAAAAGGCACUUUGAGUGAAUCCAAGAAACCUUUUCCCCGGCAGAGUUGAAAGCAACCCCACUCACCCCCCCACUAUGCUGAGGCUGGUGGGUUGGGCUACCACCAUUGUGUGAUUGACGCAACCUGCAAAGCAGGGGCUAGAGAUGUGAAAGCCUGUAGGGGAGGGGGGGGGACACUUUUUCUAGAAUAAAGCGGGCGGGGUGGGUGGGUGUUUGCUGUCUUUUUCAGGUUCUCUCCCCACCCUCAGGCUUUGCUCUUUGAAACCCACAAAUGAGUCACUUGGUUUGGAUGAACCGAAUGGUCAGACAGCCCUCCUGUGCGGGAUGUCCAGCUGUCCAAUUCCUUGAAGUCCCUGCAUGAGCCGCUGCUGAUGUUGACUCACUAGGAUCCUGGCAAGCCAGCAGGGGGACCCGGGACUAGGCCGGGGUGGGGGCAAUUCCAUCUCACUGUAUGAAACCUGCUUACGGUGGGGGUAUGGAUGUCUGAAGGCUUGCUGGAAAAGCUUAGAGGAAGGUGUCCUCAAGGCAGAGCCAUGAUUGAGGGGGGUGUUCCGCUGCAGCUGGAGAAACCGCACCCCACGUGGGCUGUCCCGCUGGUUUCCCCCCUCCCCAAGGCACUGUUUGCCUUUGUUCGGAAGGGGUGACCCACCGAGGCGGCAAGGGCUUUGUCUGUAGCUGGCCUUCCUUGGAGGGGACGGGGCGGGGGGGGGGGCUGGCUAAAGAGGGUCAAAUGUCCUUUAAGAUUCUUGUAUCCCAUCCUGUUUGGCAAAUGUCUUAUGAGGCGGUUUUGAAUAAAGCAUUUGUAUGGCUA